UAUAAUUUUAAGUUCAUGAGCGUUCGUAACCAAAGACUCGUGAAUUGGCGCGCAGCGUCUUAUUCUGCGUGUUUUCGAUAUUGUAUCGUGCAAAUGGUGGCUUUGAUGAUGUUUUGUUCGAUGUUUCUUAAAGAUUAAUCGGUCAUACUAUCAGUUGCGCAUAGUAAGUAGGAAGAUAGCGUUUGUCGCUUGAUCCUGUACUUGUAAAAACUUGCCGCCGACAUGGUAAAGCUUCAGAAGAAGUUUUUCGCGGGUGACAAAGUAUUUGCUAAAGUUCGAGGUUAUCCACCGUGGCCAGCCAAAGUUGAAAAAGUGAUUGAUCCGAAUUCGAAGAAUUCAAAAUACAGUGUUUAUUUCUAUGGCACAGGAGAAACUGCUGUAUGUAAAGUGGAAGAACUGUAUACGUACACAGAGAAUAAAGCAAAAUUUGGUAAACCCCUCAGAAGAAAGUAUUUUCAUGAAGGUUUGAUACAAUUAGAACAAGAGCUUAAAAAUGAUAGAAACAAAGCAGCAAAUCUCAGUGAUCUUAAAGAAGCUGGUAUUGUGGAUGGAACAAGAGGAGGUGAUACUGGGACGAAUAUACCAACAGUUAGUGCUGCAGACAGUGAUCUCGAAUCUGGAUCCCUAGUUAUCGAUGAAGAAGAGAAAAAGAAAUCUAUGAAAAGGAAAACUCUUUCUUCUGCCAAUAACCCUGAUACACCUGAGGUAAAGAAACGGCGUGGAAAAGCAAAAUCUUUAUCCGCAUCUACGAGCGACACUUCAAAACAGGACACUGGUGCUGACUCUCAAGGAGAGGAUUCGCCAAAAGAAGUUGUUAGCCGUAGCGGACGGAAAAUUAAACCUAAACGAUUCGCUGAUUUUUCAAGUUCAGAGGAAACAGAUAACACUACAGAAAAGAAUGGUAUUACAAGUAAUAUUACUCGAACGAAAGGUUGUAUUCAAUUUCUACUGAUUAUGUAUUUCAUCCGUGUUGCAGAACAUGGAAGGGGUCGCCCUAAAGUUAAGAUCGAAGAUACCAGUGACCAAGCAACACCUAGUGCGGUGCAUAAAAAGAGAGCUGCUUUGGAAAAAAAAAAUAAUUUAGGUGAAGGACCCAUAUUGGAAGGUACCGUAGUAUCCAGUACCACGUCUUCAGACACGGGGGGACGAUUCCUAUUGGCAUUAACAUUCGCUGGUGAAUAUGUUGGAAUUAAGUUGGAUAUGGAUAAGCCAAAGUCUUUCGAGAGUGAUAAAGCUCGAGAACAAUGGGAAUGGUCUACAGCUAGAAAUGCUAUGAAACUGAAAGCACAAUUGGAAAGUGGUGAAAUUUUACCAGAACAAGUAAAAGAUUGUUUAGAUUUCAAUAUACACGUUCCAGACGAGGAAAAGCGAUUGUUAGCGAAAGAUGGAGCUCUUCAUCGCAAGACAAAUAAAUUAAGAUGGCUUCGUAUAGAAUCGCAACUUUUACAGUUGGAUGCUCAAAUUAAGUCCAAUCUUGGAUUGGAUCGAGCAAAUCCGGAUAAGUGUUUGCAAGCAAUGGAUGACAUGUUAUCGCUACCAAUCGAUCCUUUGAUGUUGAAAAAACAUCCACAUAUCGUGGAAACCGUCAAAAGGUUGCGACGAUAUAUUGGUAAUUUAGCUGAUUGGAAAUUAAACGAGGAGGAGGAGACUAUUUUCAAACAAAAAGCAGAACAAAUUAGACAAAAGGCUGAGCAUAUAUACAACAAAUUCAAGGCUAUGUUUACCAUACCCGAAGGUCAAUCGUUUUGGCAAUCAUUUUCGGACCAAGUGGUUCAUUUCAAAGAAUUGACGAAGGAUAUGCCCGAAGAAAAAGUAUAUUCUCUAAUAUCGGACCCUGCAUGUCCAGAAAACAAAGUUACAGAUGCAGCCAUAUCAGAGGGUUCGCCUGCGGAUGAUAGCGGUAGUCAACCAGAUACCGAUGCAGCUAUCGAAGCUAAAUCAGAAGUGCCUACAAGGAGCGAGACUCCAAAAGAGUCAGAGGCCAAGUAACAUAGUGAUCUUUUGUAUCUGACAAUGUGAAAAUCUUUAUUUUCUUCUGUACUAAUGUGGUACAUUACACGAUACGAGUGUCUUGAAGCUGAAGAAAACAAGAAAGAAAAACAACAAUUCGCUUUUUCACACUUGGACAAAUUCUGAUGCUAUAUUUCAUUCAAUGGGACUUCUAAUACAUUUUCCUUGCAAUACUUGUAACUAAGAAGCCCGUGAUAUAAACGAUAAGUCUUCACUCUGUUGUCAGACAUGUUAAGAAAGGAAAAAAAAAUCAGUUAAUUAUAGAGCACUUAGAAUUUAAACUAGAUACCAUAAUUAUUUCCUUUAUUCUGUGUCACGUUUCUUUUACGGUCACCAUUCCUUCCGCGUCGUUAGGCACCACCAAAACAGAAAGAUAAUUACGAACACCAUAUAAAUGUCUUUGUUGUUUAACACAAAAUUUGUCUACUUCAUUAGUAACAGAUACCAACUGUAUAUAUUUAUAUAUGUAAGUAAAAAAAAAAGGAAAACUGCAAUACUCUAUAUACAAAGAUCAAAGUUGCGAUGUUGGGGUAGAUACAAUGAACGGCAAACUUUAUUGUUUUGAAGCGGCGAUUUCAAAACACUAUUGGAAUUUAAUGGGCCGUUGUUUUGAUUAUAAAUGUUUUCAUCGCACUUUAAAGGCAUAAUUAGAUUGAAUUGAUUCGAAAAGGAAUUGUACAAAUUAGAAAUGUAACAAACUUGGAAUGAAUUUCGGCUAAAAAAUAUUAUUAGAUUUGUCGAUAGAUUUUUAUAUAAUUUGAAGAGAGUAUUGAGAUUGGAAAACAUGUCUUAUAUAAAUCUGUUAGGAGGAAAAGUCUUGAAGGUGAAGAAUUGUCGCAGCGUAACUUAUAAAUUACACUUUUAUACGGGCAAAAAGAGUUAAAAACUAAACUGCAUAUUUAUUUAGAUUCCAUAUCUCUUCAUGGUGUAAGGCACAAUAAUCGUCUACUUCUGUUAACCGAUGCUUUUUUAAAGUCGGUCUACGCUUAAGUUAAGCACGACAUGUACGACAUAAACGAUAUAAAUGUACUUUUGUAAACACUUGUCGCAGAAAUAACACUGUAAAAGGUGAUGUUGUUAAUAAAAACAAAUUGCAAAUA